GCUUUUUCAUUGUUAACAUUCAGGAAAAUCAAACUAUCUUACAGAAAAAAAAAAUGAAAGGCUUUUGGAAUUCAAGGAGUAUCAUUCCUAUUACUCUCUCUUUUCUUUUCUUAUUCACGGCUGAGUUUGCAGCUCCUGCUCGACAUUUGUGUCAUCCUGUACAAAGAGAUGCACUUCUCAAGUUCAAGAACGAGUUUAAAGUAAAGAAACCUUGUUUCGACGGCAUUCUUCCCAAGACGGAGUCAUGGGCAGUUAAUACUGACUGUUGCUCUUGGGAUGGUAUCACAUGUGAUACCAAGUCUUGGGAAGUGAUCGAGCUAGACCUUAGUCGCAGCUGCCUCCAAGGUCGGCUUCGUUUCAAUAGCAGUCUUUAUAAGGUUAAAAACCUAACCAAUCUCGAUCUUUCAUAUAACUAUUUCAGUGGUCGCAUCUCAUCUUCUAUUGGAAAUUUUUCUCAUCUUACCUCUCUCGACCUUUCUAAAAAUUAUUUUAGUGGUUCGAUCCCUUCUUCAGUUAGAAAUCUUUCACAUCUUACGUAUCUUGACCUCUCUGGUAAUGAUUUCAUCGGUGAGCUGCCAUCUUUUGGCAGUAUGAACCAGUUGAACUUCUUAAGUGUUGAGUCCAAUAAAUUUAGUGGCAACUUCCCACAUUCCCUUCACAAUCAUGGAACGUUAUCGGAAUUAGAUCUCUCCCACAAUCAAUUUUCUGGCACACUUCCUUCUAACAUGAGUUCACUCCACAACCUGGAGUACUUUCAGGCAUGGGACAACUCUUUUAAUGGAACUCUUCCUUCUUCUCUCUUCACUAUUCCUUCUUUGACUUAUGUUGAUUUAAGAGAUAACCAACUCAAAGGUACUCUUGAAUUUGGCAAUAUAUCUUCACCAUCUCAACUAACAGUGUUAGACCUUGGCAAUAACUACUUCACAGGACCAAUCCCAAAAUCCAUUUCCAAAUUAGUAAAUCUUCAAGACCUUGACCUUUCUGGUUUAAACACCCAAGGCCCGGUUGACUUUAGUAUCUUCUCGAAUCUCAAGUUGCUCCAACUUCUUAACCUGUCCCAUUUAAACACCACCACUACCAUUGACUUGAAUGCAAUCUUACGCUCGAGCCAGUCAAUCUUUUUACUGGAUCUCUCUGGGAACCAUGUUUCAACCACUAACAAAAGUUCAGGUGCAAAUCAUCAUUUGCAAAUGGUAAGUGACUUGUACUUGUCAGGAUGCGGUAUCACCGAGUUUCCUGAGCUCUUAAGAACCCAACACAAAUUGACAAAUCUAGACAUCUCCAACAACAAAAUCAAAGGUCAUGUUCCUGGCUGGCUAUGGAGACUACCAACUUUGAAGUUUGUGGAUCUUUCUUACAACAUGUUCAUUGGUUUUGGACUAUCCUCUUUGUCGAAACCAUCUAUGCAGUACUUGGUUGGCUCCAAUAACAAUUUCACUGGAGAGAUUCCCUCUUUCAUAUGUGAUAUGCGCUCUCUAAUCACACUUGAUUUAUCAAGCAAUAACCUCAAUGGUUACAUCCCUCAUUGUAUGGGAAACCUCAAGAGCACUCUUUCAUUCUUAAACCUUCGUCAGAAUCGUCUUACUGGAGAUCUUCCAAAUAACACAUUUGCAAGUCUAAGGUCGCUUGAUGUCGGGCAUAACCAACUCGCUGGUAAGCUUCCAAGAUCUUUGACCCGUUUCUCAACUCUUGAAGUUUUGAACGUGAAAAGCAACAGAAUCAACGACACCUUUCCGGUCUGGUUGAGUUCCCUAAAACAUCUUCAAGUUCUUGUCUUACGCUCCAAUGAAUUUCACGGACAGAUACAUCAAGCCUCGUUUUCUACGUUGCGAAUCAUCGACAUUUCCGAUAAUCACUUCAAUGGAACAUUGCCUUCAAAUUACUUUGUGAACUGGAGUGCCAUGUCAUCACUUAAAACUAACAAAGAUCGGUCUAAAGAAAAGUACAUGGGAGAUAUUUUCGGCUAUUAUCAUGAUUCAAUGGUUUUGACGAAUAAAGGUAUAGAGAUGGAGCUGGUGCGUAUUCUCAAAAUCUACACCGCACUCGACUUCUCCGGAAACAAGCUCGAAGGAAAGAUUCCACGGUCCAUCGGUACAUUAAAAGAGCUUCAUGUGCUCAACUUAUCACACAACGCUUUCACCCAUCGCAUCCCAUCAUCCAUGGGAAACUUGACGGCUCUCGAGUCGCUGGACGUUUCCCAAAACAAACUUUCCCGAGACAUCCCACAAGAGUUAGGGAACCUCUCGUAUCUUGCCUACAUGAACUUCUCUCACAAUCGGCUUACGGGUCUGGUACCAGGAGGCACGCAGUUUCGAAGACAACAAUGCUCUUCUUUCGAGGAGAACUCUGGACUUUUCGGCCCGGCAAUCGAUGAAGUUUGCAGAGAUAUCCACACGCCGCCUGCAAAACAGCAGCCUGAAACGCCGAAACCGGAGGAAGAAAACGAAGAGGUGUUGAGUUGGGUGGCAGCUGCGAUAGGAUUCGGACCUGGUUUUGUCUUUGGAUCGACGAUUGGGUGCAUAUUGUUCUCUUGCAAACAAGAGUGGUUCAUGAAAGCUUUUGGUCGAAACAAACGCAGAAGCUCCGCAAUGCUUAAGAGCCGUCAAGCUGCUAAAUCUCGAAGAGGACAAUGAAGCAACCAAACCAAGUGGACUGCAGAGAAAGAAACUUGCGGAGAAAGCAACCUAGCUCCCAAUAUUUUGGUUUUGUAUGUGGGUCGGUUUAUCAUGGUCUUAGUUUCCGUUAUUGUUUCCGGUUUAGCUUCGUGUGUUUCUUUUUAUGUUUGUCUCUCUGUAUUUGCACAAACCUGGUGAUUUAGAACUACACCCACAUGUGUGUGUGUUUACUUCAUCUGUUGACAGAUAAACAAUUAAACAUCUUUAAAUU